CGCCUUUCCGCUUCCCGCGGCUCAAGGGGCACCAGCCGGAGCGGCCGUGCUGGCAGGGGAGCGGCAGUUCUCCAAAGAAAUGGCUUCUUUUGGGUGGAAGAGAAAGAUUGGUGAGAAAGUUUCCAAAGUUACUUCUCAGCAGUUUGAAGCAGAUGCUGCAGAUGACAAGGAUCUGGCUGAUGACGAUGAUGGUAACUGGGUAAAUGCAGCUAAGAGAAGAAAGGAAAUUCUUUUAGAAGACUGUAUAAAGAAAAGCAAGCAGCUGAAGGAUGAAGGUGCAAAUUUGGCUGAAAAUAGGAGGUUCCGAGAGGCUAUUCACAAGUGGGAUGAAGCACUUCAGUUAACUCCAGAGGAUGCUACGCUUUAUGAGAUGAAGUCGCAGGUCCUGAUGUCUUUACAUGAGAUGUUCCCAGCAGUGCAUGCAGCAGAAAUGGCUGUCCAGAGAAAUCCACGUUCUUGGGAUGCCUGGCAGACUUUGGGACGUGCCCAGCUUGGAUUAGGAGAGAUAGCACUGGCAAUCCGAAGUUUCCAGGUGUCCUUACAUAUCUUUCCAAUGAACCCUGAGGUAUGGGAAGAGGACCUCUCCUGGGCAAGAAAACUACAAGAACAGCAGAAUGCAACAAAGACUGAAGCAGUGCAAGCACUGCCACAAGAAUCAAUCCCAGACUAUGACUUCGAAAGUGAUGAAAUUGUGGCAGUUUGUGCUGCCAUAACAGAGAAGGAGAAAGCUCUUUCAAGAGCUAAAACAGUAGUGAUUGUAUCUGCUUCAGGCACAGUAGAGACUGUUACUGAGGAGAAUUGUCCAGUGACUCCUGAUGAAACCCUUUUCAUCAGAGCCCGAUAGAGCAGUCCGAUAGGUUGCCAGUACUGUUUUAAGAAUUAGUGUUAUUUAUUACUUUGGGCUUGCUUUGGUUUUGUUUCUUAAGCAGUGGGAGAGCCUACAAAAGUUAAGGUAUUGCAAUUUGGGGAUUUUUUGUAAAUUGAAAAAGCAAUGACCUGAGUUGGUUUUCCAUCCAUAUUUUUGGAGAAGAAACCAAAAGUUGAUUCUAAAAAUCUUAUGAACAAAUGUAAUGUUUAAAUGCUUAACUAACUACAUUCUAAGAACUGUUUUCAUCUUUCUAUAUUUCAUGAUUUUGUAAGUUAAUGUCUACCUUUUCCCAGUAAUUAAUGCUUUUAUUUAAACAUUACAAGAAAAAGGGAUUUAAAAAAAAUCUAUUUCAGUCCUUAUUCAUUAACAUUAUUUGUCUUCCAAUUAAAGUGUUAACUGUUCUCUGUUAUCAGAAGUCCUUAUAAGUUUCAUUAAUAUUACUUUUCCUAUCAGGAAGCUUCCUGUGAAGCAGAGAUGGAUUAUUAUUUUGUUUGUGUGUCUGUGCGUGGUUUGUAAUCAAAUGAAAUAAAGAGAAACCUUUGUGUUGCUUUCAUAGGUGAAUGGGUUAAACACUUUCUGAUUAAAGGAAAUGCUGUACCAAACAAGCCUCUGAAUGCUUAGUUAUUGCUAACCGUUUCACCAGAAGAAAGAAUGAACAUUCAGUUGAGACUGAAACUGGCCUUUUCUGGAGUGCUGUGCUACAGACAUCACCAAAAGUAAAACAGUGUGAGUUGGGAAUAGGUAUGUCUGAAGUGUGUUACAUUCAGCCUUUUCUUUCCUAGUGAGGCUAAUCUGAUAAAGGGAGUCCAUUUGUUUUUCCUAAUACUUAUGACCUGCCAUUGAAAGUAUGUUCUUAGUGAAACAUUUUUUUCUGGACAGUGUUGACUGAGUCUCCAUUUUUAUCCUUCCCAGAUUUUGGAUGCUGUGGCGGGUAUUCACACUGUGUUAACUUCAAGACGUAACACAGGAGGUGUGUUUAAUGUUCAUCUUUCUUGAGGGGAAGGUGGCUGUUGGUUCCUCACACAGGCAGUUCAGAAAAACAAAAGUUAUUUCUUUAAUGUCCUCUGUGCUGAGACUAUUGUCAUUGUGCAAAAGAUGAUCGCCUCCUAACUGGACUAGAAAAAAUGGUCAACUGAGGAGUUCUUGUUGAAUUCAGGAUUGGGAACAUGUAAUUUCUACUUAAUUUUGGUAAGAUUUUACGUGAUAAAAAGAUUUUAAUAAUAGUUUAGUGGACAAGUUAAACCUCUUGAAAUCAGUCUUCUUUGCAUUUUUUGUAUCUGAUUUCUAUGUUCAAAAUAAAACAUUUUUAAUGGAAAUUAUGUUGCUCAAGAAGCAUAGUGAUUUUUGCAAUAGAAAGUGUAUUGUAGAAAAAUUGUUUGUCUCAGGUUAUAUUUGCAGUUGAAUAUAUUUAGGAGGACACAGCCUCCAGAAAUUAAUUAUGUUUCAAGAACUUGCUUGCCAUGUUGUACUUAUUAAGUUUUCAUUAAUUGCUGCAAUGUUCUUCCCGAAUAUGUUUUUGUAUAAAUGUGAAUUUUUGUGUCUCUGGUUGCACACACAUACACAAAAAAAUUACCUCUUAACAUCUCCUGAGUAUUCAAAAUAAUUACAAUUAAUGCAACUAAAAUAUAUUAAGAAAUGUAAAACAUCACCAUGCUACAUUUUUAUUUGUUCAUUCAAUUCAGAGAUAGAUCUUAAAUGGUUACUGGUUUGGCAUUUGAUUCAGAUAAUGGUGUGACAGGUGGUUUAAAUUGCCCCAAUCAAAGAAUUUCUUAGCUUUCCAAAAAACUGAAAUAAUACAGUCUGUUCAGCCAUAGCAAGAGUUAGUACAAGAAGGAUUUGGACAGAUUUCUUCAAAGAAGAGGUGUUCUCUGGCUGGAGAAUGAAACAGGUGAGAAGCUGUAGGCGAUGUUUUCAUUUUGAAAGAGCUCGGUGAGAAUCCAACACAUCUUUUCUUUCUUUGUGCUAUAUACUUGCGUCAGUGUUAUGGCUUUACUCCUAUAGGAAGAACUGCCUCCCACCUUUAGGAGGUCGAUAUUAUCAGAGUCUGUUUCUGCUUAAAUGAUUCAGAAAAUUCCUAUUGACUUCAGCACUGCUGGGCCAAACUAAUGGAGAGGUGGGCACCUGUGCCAUCAUGAGGAGAGGCUGUGCCAGGUUCAAGGGCUGAUUCCUUCCAUCUCCCACCCACAAUAAAUGUGUUUUCCUUCUCAUUAGAUUAAGUUGUGGAUUCUAGGUAUUGAGUACUGUAGUGUCUUGUGAAACAGAUAAGUUCUCGUGACACUGUUAUUAUGGGAAGAAUUGACCAUUCCAACUUUGUAUUUUGUACAGUGUGCUGUGUUUUGCAUGUAUGGGACUUUUUUUUAUCUCUUUCAAUAAAAUCCUGACUGCUGCUUA